AUGACUGCCUCUGAAGAUUCGUUAAUUACAUCGCCCAAUUCCUACUCAAAUAAGGAUCUUCUAUUACUUAGUCAACUUCUACAUACUCAGGGUCUCAUACAACCGGAUGCCGUGAAAGAAUACGAGGACUUGGAAAGGAUAGGGAGUGAGUGGUUCCACCACGAUAGCACUCAAUUGCUGAGAAGAACACACGAGAACAGUCUCACAAAGCCACCGACUGGUAAGGAAAUCCUUGCUUUGUAUGAGAACAUGUUGGAGCAGAAUGAAGAUUGCAAGAACACAACCGACCUAGCGAACAAGUUCUACUUUGCCAGAGUCCAGGAGCUCGAGAGCAGGAUAAAAAGGGAUAAAGAAGACUUCAGGACGCUUCUCGGGGAGACCAGGUAA